UACUUUAGGACCGUGAUGUAGUCUGCAGCAGAAACCUGGUACUACUCCGAUUUCUCUGGCCCAGCAGGCGUGGGUUCCAUCUUCCAUCAUCUCAUCAUAUGGAGGGGAGCCUUGAGCAAAGCCAGGAGGAAGUCAUCUAGAUACAGAGCAGGGAGUAUCUUGACAGACUAUUAAUUAAAAACUAAAAACAUAGUGAAUGACUUUUGAAUUAACUAUUCUGAAUUAUUCAUAUUUACACCUCAGGUCAGGCUAUGUUUACAAAAUAUAUUAUCCUGGUUUUUUUUUCCUCAUUAAAUAUUGGUUCCUCUAUGCGAUUGACAUUGACCAUAUUCGUUGUAGUGAAUUAAAUGCAUUUGGCUAGUUUAACUCUUGGCUGCCAGAUAAAAGCUGCUGCCCUCAUCAGGGUGGGUGUCAGGUUGGGUGGUCACGUUUUUCCUACUUCAGAUUAGUUUUUGAUGUUCUGUUUUAAACUGAGGCAUAUAGAUUGGCCUGCUUUAUUCAGGCUAUUAACCACCUCUGAGUAAAAACCUGCAAGGUUAAAAAGCCUAGCUUCAUGUUGGAGGUUAACCACUAGGCUCAUGGUGGCAGGAUGUUUAAUUCUGGACUCACAACCUGUAUUUGGCCUCUGGCCCUUCUCAACUCUUGAAUAAAUCCCUCUCACUAUCUUCAGACUAAUAAAUUAUGGCUCAAGUACUCAAUAAAGAGGCCACAUAUCCUUGUACCCCUCAAAGCUCCUCCUCUGUUACCAACAAAAAGCCAGAUAGUUUCUCAAAAUGAUCCAGCUCUCUACCUUUAGCUAGAAAAUCAUCCCCAUUUUCAGGAUGAGUUGAUGUGACUUGUCCCAGAUGAUACAUCUCCAGGAAGAAGAACACAGGUUGUCUACCUCUGACGGCAGAACUGUCAACAGUGGGACAGGAGUGCCUCCUGGGCCUGUGGCCAUGCCUAUCAGUUCAGUUCAGUUACUCAGUCGUGUCCGACUCUUUGUGACCCCAUGGACUGCAGCACCCCAGGCUUCCCUGUACAUCACCAACUCCCGGAGCUUGCUCAAACUCAUGUCCAUCGAUUCGGUGAUGCCAUCCAGCUAUCUCAUCCUCUGUCAUCCCCUUCUCCUCCCGCCUUAAAUCUUUACCAGCAUCAGGGUCUUUUCAAAUGAGUCAGUUCUUUGCAUCAGGUGGCCAAAGUAUUGGAGUUUCAGCUUCAACAUCAGUCCUUUCAAUGAAUAUUCAGUACUGAUUUCCUUUAGGAUGGACUGGUUGGAUCUCCUUGCAGUCCAAGAGACUCUCAAAGAGUCUUCAGCACCAGAGUUCAAAACCAUCAGUUCUUUGGCACUCAGCUUUCUUUAUAGUCCACGUCUCACAUCCAUAUAUGACUACUGGAAAAACUGUAGCUUUGACUACCUAUAGGAAACACUUUGCUGCUGCUGCUAAGUCACUUCCGUCGUGUCCGACUCUGUGUGACCCCAUAGACGGCAGCCCACCAGGCUCCCCUGUCUCUGGGAUUCUCCAGGCAAGAACACUGGAGUGGGUUGCCAUUUCCUUCUCCAAUGCAUGAAGGUGAAAAGUGAAAGUGAAGUCACUCAGUCGUGUCUGACUCUUCGCGACCCCAUGGGCUGCAGCCUCCCAGGCUCCUCCGUCCAUGGGAUUUUCCAGGCAAGAGUACUGGAGUGGGGUGCCAUCGCCUUCUCUGAGGAAACACUUUAAAUAAAACUAAAGUGAAAUAUUGUGAUUAUUAUAGCUUUAUUUACAGUUUUCAUGAUUAUAUUUACUCUCAAUUACAUUUUUAGACCUUGAUCUAAUCACAAAAGGCUACAAAAUUUGGGGGCAGGAGAUAUUUAUGUCUUUAUAUGUUGAGUCUAAUGAAGGCAGAAAAAAUUAAAUGGCAAGACUGUCUUAAAUAGUUUUUAAACAUGGUUUGAAGCACACUGAUCAUGAUGUGUUAGAAGGCAAGAAGUCUGUGAAAUUUUUCCCUUUCAUUUCUUUUGCCUUCUGGGUUAGGUUUUCAGAGGCUGUCUUGGGUAUACAGGUUCAGCUCCAGAUGGCUGCAAUAAAGGAGAUCCCACAGUAAAAACACAUGAAUUCUUUUGGUUUCCCAAAAAAUUCUGUUUCCACUGUACUGUAAUCAGUUGUAUGCAAUAGCAUUAUGUCUAAAAAAAAUGUAUAUACCUUAAUUUUAAAAGGCUUUAUUGCUAAAAAAAAAAGAUGCUAACCAUCAUCUGACUCUUCAGCAAAUGAUAAUCUUUUAGCUGAUGGAGGAUCUUGCCUUGAUAUUGAUGGCUGGUGACUGAUGGGGCUGCUGUUGGCUGAAGGUUGAGGUGUCUGUGGCAGUUUCUUAAAAUAAGACAACAGUGAAGCUUACUGCAUCAGUUGACUUCCUUUCAUAAACAGUUUCUCUGUGGCAGGCAGUGCUGCUUGAUAGCAUUUUACCCACAGUAGAACUUCUUUCAAAAUUGAAGUCAUUUCUCUCAAACCCUGCCACUACUUUAUCAACUAAGCUGUGUUAUAUUCUAAAUCCUUAUUUGUCAUUGCAACAGUCUUCACAGCACUGUCCCAAGAGUGGAUUUCAUCCCAGGAAAACACUUGCUUACAUAAGAAGAGGUUUCUUACCCAUGAAGGUUUUAUCAUGAGAUUAUAGCAUUUAGUCACAUCUUCAGGCUCCGUUUCUGAUUCUAGUUCUCUUGCUAUUAAAUAAUAAGACUUGAAGGCCGAAAUUAGUCUUUCAUCCAUGGGCUAUGGGAUGGUUGUUGUGUGAGCAGGCAUGAAAACAACAUUAAUCUUGUACAUCAUCAAAGCUCUUGGGUGACCUGGUGCAUUGUCAAUGAGAAGUAAUAUUUUGAAAGAAGUUUUUUUUUCCUUAGAAAUAGGUUUCAUCAGUGAGUUUAAGAUAUUCAGCAAACUAUGUUGUGACAGAUGCGGUGUCACCCAGGCUUUCUUGUUCCAUUUAUAGGGCAUAGGCAGAGUUGAUUUAACAUGAUUCUUAAGGGCCCUAGGAUUUUCAGAAUAGUAAAUGAGCAGUGGCUUAAACCGAAAGUCUCCAGCUGCAUUAACCCUUAACAAGAGAGGCAGCCUGUCCUUUGAUGCUUUAAAGCUAAUUAUUGACUUCUGUCUAGCUAUGAGGGCUUCCCAGUGGUGCAGUGGUAGAGAAUCCGCUUGCCAGUGCAGGAAACGGAAGACAUGUGGGUUCAGUCCCUGGGUCGGGAAGAUCCCCUGGAGUCGGAAACGGCAACCCACUCCAGUAUUCUUGCCUGGACAAUCCCAUGGAUGGGGCAGCCUCGUGGGCUACAGUCCAUGGGGUUGCAAAGAGUCAGACAUGACUGAAUACACACACUGUAGCUAUGAAAAUUCCAGAUGACAACUUCUAGUAAAAGGCUGUUUUGUUUACAUUGAAAAUAGGCUGUUUAGUGCAGCCACCUUCAUGAAUUUUCUUAGCUAGAGCUUGAUAACUUGUAGCUUCUUCAUCAGUACUUGCAGCUUCUCCUUCCACUUUAUGGAGAUGGCUUCUUUCCUUAAACCUCAUGAACUAACCUCUCCUAGCUUCAGACUUCUUUUGCAGCUGUCUUACCUCUCUCGGCCUUCACAGAAUUGAAGAGGGCUAGGGCCUUACUCUGGAUGAAGCUUUGGCUCAAAGGAUUCAACGAUCCUUUGAAUUGGCUGGUUUGAUUGUCUAUCUAAACCACUAAAACUUUCACCACUUUCUUAUAUUUAUGAAUUCCCUGGAGUAGCACUUUUAAUUUUGUUCAAGAACUUUAUCUUUGCUUUCCAGUUUGGCUAACUGGUGCAGGAAGCAUAGUUUUUGGCCUGUCCUAUCUUUGAACAUGCCCUCCUCAUCAAGUUUAAUCAUUUCUUGUUUUUUAUUUAAAGCAAGAGACAUUAAAAAAAAAAAAAAAAAAAAAGCAAGAGACAUGUGACUCUUCCUAUCACUUGAACACUUAGGGCCCACUGUAGGGUUAUUAAUUUUCUUAAUUUCAAUAUUAUUGUGUCUAAGGGAAUAGGACAAGAGAGAGAUGGGGGAACAGCUGGUCAGUGGAGAAGUCAAAAAGUACACAUUUAUUGAUUGUUUGCUAUCUUAUAUGAGUGUAGAUUGUGGCACUCCAAAACAAUUGCAGUAGUAACAUCAAGGAUCACUAAUCACAGAUCACCAUAACAAAUAUAAAAAUAAUUAAGUUUGAAAUAUUGCAAAGAUUAUAAAAAUGUAAUUACAUCAAGUGAGCUAAUGCUGGUGGGAAAAUGGCUUGCUCCAGGCAGGGUUGCCACAAACCUUUAAUUGGUAAAAUGAAACAAACAAAAAACCACAUUAUCUCUAAAGCAUAAAAAAGAUGAAAUGCAGUAAAACGGGGUAUGCCUGUACGCACUGGAUUUGCCUCAGGUUGCCUCUUACUGUUCAAGGGAGGGGACAGAACUGUGAUUUAAGUAGAAGCGUUGCUAACGUGGUCUUAGGCAGGAGAGCCUAUCUUUAAGUUUUCAUCCUGUCUGUGUCCUAAGGACCUUGUUUAAUCUUCACUUGUAAGUGCUUUCAAAGCCAGGACUCUUGUCUUGGUUUAACACUUUAUUUUUUCUUUUUCUGGCUGCACUGAGUGGCUUGCAGGAUCUUGGUUCCCUGACCAGGGAUCGAACCUGGGCCAUGGCAGUGAGAGCACCACAUGGGCUAACCACUGGACUGCCAGGGAACUCCCUUGUAUUAGUCACUCAGUCAUGUCCAACUCUGCAACCUCAGGGACUGUAGCCCGCCAGGCUACCUCUGUCCAUAGAAUUCUCCAGGUAAGAAUACUGGAGUGGGUAGCCAUUUUCCUUCUCCAGGGAUCUUCCAGAGCCAGGAUUCAUACCUGGGUCACCUGCAUCACAGGCAGAUUCUUUACCGUCUGAGAUACCAGGGAAGCCCAGAAAACUCCCUAGACACUGUACUUUAGAUAUAAUAGUAAACAGACCAAGAUUUUAAAUCUGUGCAUUAAAAUGUUUUUUCUUGGCAUUAUGAUGAAAUAAAGGACUUUUGCUCAUCAUUUAAAUCUUGCCUUCUUCCCAAAAGGAUUUAAAGUAAUUUGCAGGAAAGAGAACAGAAUAUAUGGAGCAUCUGCCUUAUACCAAGCUCUGUGCUGAAAGCAAUCCAGUGUGUUACUUCACUUAUCCUUUAAACAACCAUAUGAGGUGUGAAGUGUUGGCCACAUUCUGAAAUUUGGACUGAGGUUUAAGGAGUAUCCCCUGGCUAAUAAAUGAGGAGAGGGGUUCAGACUAAGGCUCCAGAGCCCCUAAUCAGUUUGUGUAGAGUGUGGUUAGACAUUAGACUAAGGAUAACUAACAGUAAAGUGGAAGAAUCUUUCCAGUAGGAGGAUCUUAGUGGGUAAUCUUUAGUUUUUUUAAAGAGUAGUGCAGGAGUGGUAAAGGGCAGUGAACAAUCUUUGUUGGCUGAUUUCUGGAACAACAGGAGGAGCAGUUGCAAGGUCAGGUUAGCCCCAGUGAGCAGACAUUCACAUCUCCAGACUGUGGGCCUGCGUCAUUCAGAGAAGGGAGACUGGGAGGGAUUUAAGUAUCAGCUGAAUAUCAUCAUUCGAACCUCUGAUCACUGUUUUCUUCUGAAGAUUAUUUGCCGGUAAAUAGAUUCAGUAGAUCCUAUCUUUCUCUAGGUUAGAUGCUGCAGGACUACAACCACCCACAUAGUAAUAACAUUUUAAGCUAGAGACCCAGGUAUCUUUUCACUGCCUGCACUGUUCUGUUCUUGUCAGUAGGAUUGAGUUAGGGCCUUCACUGGCGUGUGUGUGUGUGUGUGUGUGUGUGUGCGCGUGCAUGCGUGUGUGUGCUCAGUUGUGUCUGACUCUUUGCCACCCCAUGGACUGUAGCCUGGCUCCUCUGUCUAUGGGAUUCUCCAGGCAAGAAUACUGGAGUGGGUUGCCAUUUCCUCCUCCAGGGGAUCUUCCUGACUCAGGGAUUGAACCCGUGUCUCUUGAGUCUCCUGCAUUAGCAGGUGGAUUCUAUCCCAGCUGAGCCACCUGGGAAGCUCACUAGCAUGGGACUCACUCAGGGACAGAGACAGCUGGACCACGGAUGGGAGAAAGGUCUUGCCUCUCCACCUCUCCUCCCCAGUCUUGCCCCAGCCAUUUUAGAAACACUGAAGAGACUAGGUCAUGCGGCCUGCCCGGGCCAAGGCUCAUGAAGCAUCUCUGUAGACAUCAUGUUCAAGCCUUCUGAAACCAGGUCUUUCACUUUUUUUGGCCUUGCCUCUCGGUCUCUCUGUAGCAUCUUGGUUUUGGGCUUUUAGCUAUCACUGUAGAGCCAUUCCAAGGACAGACACUGAGGGGAUGCAUUAGAAUAGCAAAGGCAACGAAUUCCUAGGCACACUUGUAGGGUAGCCCAUCCCGUAAAGGGCAGAAUAAAAUACAAUGUCCAUUUUCUGUCUCUAGUACUGACGUGUAACAUUUGCACAGCACACUAGUUUGUAAGCUCUCACAUACCUCAGUGAAUCCUGUGUAUUAGGGGCGUGGUUGUCUGCAGAGAGUUUCAUCCUUUACAAGCACUCUUGUGUCCAUUGUCUUAGGAAACCCCAGGUUCGUAGGGAUGUGGGCCUGGACAUACAUCUCUGGAUACUGAAUCUGGUACUCCUCCCACAGCACUGCCCACCUCCUCCCUUUCCAUCUCCUGUGCCAAGAAGGAUGGCUCUGCCUCCCCUUAUUCUGCUGUUGGCUGAUUUUUAAAAAAUAUUUAUUCACUUAUUUGACUGUGCCAGGUUUUAGUUGUGACACACAGGAUCUUUGAUCUCUGUUGUAGCAUGCAGUAUCUUUAGUUGUGGCAUGUGGGAUCUAGUUCCCCCACCAGGGAUCGAACCCAGGCCCUUUGCAUUGGGAGAGCAGACUCUUAGCUACUGGACGACCAGGGAAGUCCCCACUGUUGCUGACCUUUUGCCUCCAUCUCAUCUUCUUAGUCUGCCAAAAUAAAUACAAAGCAAGCAAAUAAAGCAGGUUUUAUGUGGUGCUAUUAUAUUCUCUUUUUGGGGAAAGCAAAGCCCUGUAAGAGCAGCACCCUCUGUCAUAGCACAUAGACUCUGUAAUAGGGAAUCCUGUGGACUGUGCUACAUGGAAACAGUGAGAGCUCCUGGUUGGCUUUGCUGGGGAAGUUCUUGGACUUUUAAGAUAGUAAUAAUAGAAAUCCCUUCAUUAAGCUGGAGACCCUGUAUAUCAAUACCAUCUUCUUCCCCUCCCUUGCAGAUGUAGGGGGGCAUUGUCCUGGUAAAUCAUCACUGUUCAGUUGGUGAGUCGUGUCCAACUCUUUGUGACCCCAUGGACUGCAGCAUGCCAGGCUUCCCUGUCCUUCACUGUCUCCUGGAGUUUGCUCAAACUCAUGUCCAUUGAGUUGGUGAUUCUAUCUAACCAUCUCAUCCUCUGCCACCCUCUUCUCCUUUUGCCUUCAUUCUUUCCCAGCAUCAGGGUCUUUUCCAGUGAGUUGGCUCUUCGCAUCAGGUGACCAAAGGAUUGAAGCUUCAACAUCAGCCCUUCCAAUGAAUAUUCGAGUUGAUUUCCUUAAGGAUUGACAAAUUUGAUCUCUUUGCUAUCCGAGGGACCCUCACCACGGUUUGAAAGCAUCAAUCAUUGUUGUAGUUGCAUUAAAUUACUUGAUGUCUGAUUUUGUCAUUAUUAAAGUUGAUUCAAAUCUUCAAAGGAAAAUAACUUUGUUUUUCUUUUCCAAACACACAGUUCUUGUGACUUAUAUGUGGAUUCUCCCAGGGCAACCUGAAGAUUCCUUGUGAUGAGUUGUGGUUUCCUCACUUCAGGGACCACUGACAGUAUUCUGUUUUAUUCACAAUCCAAAUAACAAGUGUUUUUUCCUUAUUUAUCCAUCUGUCUAGCACACAGUUUGCUGAACAAAUGGAUAACUAAAAAUUAAUAAGACACUGGAUCUGUCCUUCUGGAGAAAGACUUAAAAAGAACUUUCUGUGGUCUCUACCUGGGAACCUGUUGACAGCCUUGAGCUGGGUGCUGUCCAGCCCUGUCCUCAGAGCUUCGUGGUCUGGUGAAUUAAACAGGAGUGUGAAUGGUUCUUGCCAUGCAUAAGGUAGAUGGAUGUGUGUGCUGUGAUACAGGGUCUAGGUUCCUGUGCAAACAGUCUGGGAGGACCAGGGAGGGUGUCCAGGAAAAGCAGGUCUGAAGGAUGAGUAAAGUUGACCAAGUAAAGGGGGUAAAAAGGGUAUUUCAAGGCGCGUCAACAGCAUCAGGAACAAAAACCCAGUGAGAGCACAGAAAAGAGAGCUGUACGUGCAGGCAGCAGCAGACAGUGGAGUAGCAGUCAUGGGAAUAAAGAUGGGCAGGGGCCAGGUCUUGCAGGGCCUCGAGAGUCAAGUUAUAAGGAGUUCAGAUUUUCUCCUGUGGACAGUCUGGAGCUGUUGGCUGAUUUUAUAUGUUAGGAAGUUUAGUCAGGGACUUCCUUGGUGGUCCAGUGGUUAAGUCACCUUCCAGUGCAGGGUGUGCAGGUUCAAACUGUGGUCAGGUAGCUGCUGCUGCUGCUGCUGCUGCUAAGUCGCUUCAGUCGUGUCCGACUCUGCACGACCCCAUAGACGGCAGCCUACCAGGCUCCACCGUCCCUGGGAUUCUCCAGGUCAGGUAGCUAAGAUUCCACAAAACAAAACAGAAGUAAUAUUGUAACCAAUUCAAUAAAGACUUUAGAAAUGGUCCACAUUAAAAAAAAAAAAAAUUAACUCAGACCUUACUGAAGUAUUGCAGGUGGAACUGACGUGGACAUGGCUCCUGCCCAUUUCAGGAUGCUGGCACUCAUCCAUCUCCCUUCCACAAAGCUAAAGGUCCCUUGGGAGAAACUCCUGGAUUCGCGCAGGCUGAUAGAGGGGGAACUGUGUGAGCUCUCGAUGGUGUGAGGCCACCUUAGAGCCAGACAAUGGCUACUGCCUUGGAGCCGGAGGACCAGGAUCUUUGGGAAGAGGAGGGAAUUCUCAUGGUAAAGCUGGAAGACGACUUCCCCUGUGGGCCAGAGUCUGUCUCACAGAGGGAUGACCCUGUGCUCGAGACGUCGCACCAGAACUUCCGGCGCUUCCGCUACCAGGAAGCAGCCAGCCCGCGGGAAGCCCUCAUCCGCCUCCGAGAACUGUGUCGUCAGUGGCUGAGGCCAGAGCGGAGGACGAAGGAGCAGAUCCUGGAGCUGCUGGUGCUCGAGCAGUUCCUCACCGUCCUGCCCGGGGAGCUGCAGAGCUGGGUGCGGGGCCAGCGGCCCGAGAGCGGCGAGGAGGCCGUGACCCUGGUGGAGGGUUUGCAGAAACAGCCCAGGAGACCAAGGCGGUGGGUGACUGUCCAUGUUCACGGCCAGGAAGUCCUGUCCGAGGAGACAGUGCCUCCAGGAGCAGAGCCCGGGUCACCUAGUGAGCUGCAGGACCCUGCACAGACCUUGACCCCCGAGGAGCUCCGUGAGGAGACCACACAGAGCCCAGAUCUGGGGGCAUCAGAAGAGCAGACCCCGUGCCAGGAGUCGGAGCUCCAGCCCCUGCAGGAGAGCGAGGUUCCAGUGCCCCAGGACCCAGCGCUUCCUGAAGAGAUGAACCCUGGAAACGCUGAGAUGGUCGCUCUUCUCACUGCUCUGUCACAGGGCUUGGUCACUUUCAAGGAUGUUGCCGUGUGCUUCUCCCAGGAUCAGUGGAGUGAUCUGGAUCCAACCCAGAAAGAGUUCUAUGGGGAAUACGUCUUGGAAGAAGACUGCGGAAUCGUGGUCUCCCUGUCCUUUCCAAUCCCCAGACUAGACGAGAUCUCCCAUGUCAGAGAAGAAGAGCCUCUGGUCCCAGAUGUCCCAGAGCCUCAGGAGCCUGAAGAGCCAGAAAUUCUAAGUUUCACCUACACAGGAGACAGGAGUGACGAGGAGGAGGAGUGUCCUGAGCAAGAAGAUCUGAGUUUGGAGGAUCCACACAGGUCUGUGUCGGGAGAUGCAGAAAUUCACCAAACUCCAGACUGGGAAAUAGUCUUUGAGGAUGAUUCUGGGAAACUUAAUGAAAGAAGAUUCAGCACAAAGAUUUCUCAAGUCAAUAGUUCAACGAAUCUUCAGGAAACCAUGUCUGUCCACCCCCUGUUAGGGAGACAUCAUGACUGUCCUGUGUGUGGAAAGAGUUUCACUUGUAACUCUCACCUCAUUCGACACCUGAGAACUCACACGGGAGAGAAACCCUAUAAAUGCAUGGAGUGUGGGAAGAGCUACACACGGAGCUCCCAUCUCGCCAGGCACCAGAAGGUACACAGGAUGAACGUUCCUCACAAAUACCCGCUAAACCGGAGGAAUCUGGGUGAGGCUGCUCCUCUGGGCCAGGCCGAGAGAACCCCACCCGUGGAGAAACCCUAUAGGUGUCAGGACUGCGGAAAGCACUUCCGCUGGACUUCCGACCUCGUCAGGCACCAGAGGACGCACACGGGAGAGAAGCCCUUCUUCUGUACCAUCUGUGGCAAAAGCUUCAGCCAGAAAUCCGUGCUCACCACCCACCAAAGAAUCCACCUCGGAGGCAAGCCCUACCUGUGCGGCGAGUGCGGCGAGGACUUCAGCGACCACAGGCGGUACCUGGCCCACCGGAAGACGCACGCGGCCGAGGAGCUGUACCUGUGCAGCGAGUGCGGCCGCUGCUUCAGCCACAGCGCCGCCUUCGCCAAGCACCUGCGGGGACACGCCUCGGUGAGGCCCUGCCGCUGCGGCGAGUGCGGGAAGAGCUUCAGCCGGAGGGACCACCUCGUCAGGCACCAGCGGACACACACAGGCGAGAAGCCGUUCACGUGCCCUACCUGCGGGAAGAGCUUCAGCAGAGGCUACCACUUAAUCAGGCACCAGAGGACCCAUUCACAAAAGGCCUCCUAGCCAGGGCCUCAGGCGGGGACAACUGCCUUCGGCCUUCUCCCGGGGACGGGCUGGGAGAGGCCCUCUUGUCUGCUAGAGGAGACCUUGUCUAGGGCGUCUGCCUGACCUGCCCAAGUCUGAUGACACCUUCCCGCAGCUAAAUUAGCCCCAGGCAGGACCUCUCAGCCUUCCUCCACACCUUGAGGAGACAUUCUUCCCAAAGUUCGCCUGAAAUGAGGCCUCUCCUUGGCUAAAAGGCUUCUGCCUCCGCCUGACAGGUGUGAAGCAGGGGGAGUAGAAGACGUAAGAGGUCGGGCUUAUUAUACUUGCCCCCAUCCUGAAGAUGAUUUAACAGCCUCAGCUUUGAAGUGGCCCAGGACCAAUCCUCCGGGUUGGUGAGGGACCAGCCUUUACGAUGCCGUCCUCCCUGGGCUCAAACCUUAAAGCACACAGCCCUGAAGUCAGGGCAGGAGAACCAUGUCUAGAUGGCUCUGCCUCACCCUACAGGUUACCUGUACAAACCUCUCACUGGUUCACUUCCUCACCAUGCACUUUCCUUUGACUCUGGGGAGAGGUGUGAGUAGCAUUUGAUGGGCAGAAACAUGAAGGCAGCUUCAUGUAGAUCUCGUCAGGCUGCUCUCCUCUCCGAGGUCAAAACGACACCAGGUGCCAGACACUGCUUGAAAGGGGGGCCCAGUCAGCAGCCUCUUUCCUCGUGGGUGUUUCUCCUGUGAGGAGGCUCAUGAUGGGCCUCCCAGUUUCUUGGUUUUGUCCCUGGCACUUAUUCUGCCACAAGUGGGAUGUAGCAUUUGGGUGCCGUGGGAUUCAGUAAAGUCUGAUUAAAA